AUGUCAACUUGCGGUUCUGCUACUAAAUUAAAUAUUGAAAUCUUAGUACCCAGUAUUGGUGCUAUUAUUCAUGAUUUUGAUUUAUCCAAACCAUUGACCGCUGAUGAAAAAACUCAACUGGAACAAGCUCUUUACAAACAUCAUGUUCUUGUUUUCCGUCAACAACAUUUAACGCCUGAGCAACAACGCGAUUUUGCUUUACAGUUUGGUCAAGCACAUAUUCAUCCAGUUUAUCCUCAUAUUCCUGAGUGUCCUGAAGUGACAGUUAUUGAAUUUGGUGGUACUGAUAUUAAACCAGAUUCAGAUAUAUGGCAUACAGAUGUUACAUUUUCAUCUAAUCCACCAAUCAUUGGCAUGUUAUAUGCAAAAGAAAUUCCUAAACAGGGUGGUGGUGAUACAUUAUGGGCAAAUAUGAGCCAGUUAUACGAACAAGAACUAUCAACUGGAAUGCAACAAUUCUUAGAGCACUUAACAGCUGAACAUUCGCUUUCAAAAGGAUUUAAUUCAGCGAUAAGACCAAAUAGUGAACAACAAUUAGCACAAGCUAAUCAACAAUAUCCAUCUGUUCAACAUCCCGUAAUUCGUCAACAUCCAGUAACUGGAAAGAAAUGUGUAUUUGUUAAUAUGAUUUUUACAACACGUAUUAUCGAAUUAAAUUCGAUUGAAAGUGAUUUAGUAUUAAAUUAUUUAUUUUCAUUAAUAAAUAAACGGCCAGAAUUAACAUGUCGAUGGAAAUGGAAUGAAAAUGAUGUUGUUCUAUGGGAUGAACGUUCAACCCAACAUUAUGCAACGGCUGAUUAUUGGCCACAAAAAAGAAAAAUGCAUAGAGUUGCUGUUAUCACAAAAGAUGAAAACGAACAAGGAGAUGGAAAAUGA